AUGGGCUCUACCGACACUCGUCGCGGUGGCGCGGAGCCACCAAUGCCGCAGUCGACUCUGCUGGACCACUUCCGCUCUAUACCAUGGUGCGUGCCACACCUGUCAGACCCGGCGUUUCGGCAGGUGAACAUGUCUCGAACGCUGAUGCAGCCGGGAAACGGACACUCGCUGAUGGCCGAGACAUGGAACACGGACAAGACCAUCACGCACCUACUGUCGCUGUACCGGCCUCCCAUCCACAAUGGCGACACCACGGACACCCACCGGGGGACGGGGAUUGGGAUGGACAGCCAGACUCGCGGCGAAGUACGCCGCUUCUACACGUUCGGGACCGGCAUGAACGCGCACCCGAACACGCUACACGGCGGCGUCGUGGCAACCGUGCUGGACAGCACCAUGGGCAACGUCAUCGGCCACCAGAUGCCGGACCGCCUCGCGACCUUCACCGUCGCGCUGAACGUGACGUACAAGAAACCCGUGGGCACGCCGGGGACCAUCAUGGCGAGGUCGUGGAUCACCAGGGCCGAGGGCCGCAAGAUCUGGGUCCACGGCGUCAUCGAGGACGGGCAGGGGAAUGUCCACGCCGAGGCUGAGGGGAUGUGGCUUAGGGCGAAGCCGAAGUUGUAG